AUGUAUGUGGCAAGCCGAAGACAAGCGAGUAAUAUCCGCGGCCCGCGGUCUGCCUUGACUGAUUUCCUUGCUUCAAACAAUAUUUCUGCGGCGCAGAUUCGCGAUGACUACGAUCGAAGGAUGGCCCAGGCCGCGCGCGAGGGGACUGGAGAGUCUCCGGAGGUACCGGAGGGAGAGGAGGAGAACGAUGUGGAAAUGGAAGAGCCAUCAGCAGAGCCCACCCCAGAAGCUGAAUCGCCAGAGGACAAAGCCAAGAAGCGCAAACGACAACAAGCCAUCGAGAGGAUCAAGAAAACCAAAGAUUUCGCUCGUCGCAAGGCUCGAAGAACCGGAGAACCUGACGGUGACGAUGAUCUCUUAGCAGAUGAGAUGGUGAGGGAGAAACAGCGGCCGUUGCCUGGCCAGCUGGAAAACUGUGAGAUCUGUGGUAAACGUUUCACCGUGACGCCAUAUAGUAAGACAGGCCCCGCCGGCGGCCUCUUGUGCGCCGACUGCUCUAAGAAACAUGCCGGUGGUGAGAAGAAGGCUGCGCCGAAGAAGCGUAGUGCAGGAAUUGGUCGUCGCCAGAAUCAGAGCGCUCUGUUGGACGGACUGGCCUCUCAGGGCACCCAAAGUUUACUCGAGACAUGCAUCAAGAAAGUGGCAGAGAAUAUCGCCGACGUGGAAGAGUUUGGCGAUCUUCCUCCGCCAGUGAUGCAUCGACUCAGCCAAAUUCUCGCCCGCAGGCGGGCGAUUACUUCCACGACGUUGGAUUUGUUCAUCCGCCCACAAAACAGAGAAAUUAAUAUCUACGACUGUGCUAAACUGGAUACGGACGAUUACCACAAAAUCCUCGCUCUCAUGCCCAAUCUGAACAAGCUCAAUCUGCGAUUUGUCACUCCCAUGAAAGACCGAAUCUUUGAAUACAUGAUGGAGCGCGACGUGCCUAUCGAACAUCUACACCUCGACUCUCCAAACCUCGUCACGGAUGAAGUAUGGCGACGACUAUUUAUCCGCUUGGGUCCACGCUUCCGCAGUUUGAAAUUAUGGAACUUGGAUUCCGCCUUUGACGAUGAGACUGUUGAAGUUAUGGCCAGGCACUGCACCCAGUUGCAACGGCUCAAGUUCAAACAUCUCAAUAAGAUUGGCGACAAGGCGCUGGAAGCCAUCUCAACCAUCAAAACACUGGAGCAUCUCUCUUUACACAUCAGUCAGGAAACCUCUGCUGAGCCUCUCCUUCAGAUCGUCAAGGAACUUGGGUCCAAUCUACGCUCUCUAUCAUUGGAAGAGUUUUACUAUGCAGACGACAAGCUGAUUCAGCUCAUUCGCGAGAAUUGUCGGCACUUGAAUAAACUCCGGCUCGCUAUUAACGCUGAAAUCAGCGAUCAAGCCCUCGCCACCCUUUUCCGCGACUGGUCGAACCCGCCUCUGACCUUUGCGGACUUCCACCGUGUGCGAGACGUGGAUACGGCAAACCCAGGCGGUCCACCUGAUCCUAUUGGUUUGGCCUCAAAUGGCUUCAUCGAGUUGAUGGUGCAUUCUGGUAGCAAGCUGAGGACGCUAAAUGUCGCUUCAUGUCGACAUAUCUCGUACAAGGCAUACGAGGAGGUCUUCGCCGAACACAAAAGAUAUCCGGAACUGAAGUAUCUAGAUAUUGCCUUUAAUGGCGUGGUGGAUGAUUACCUCGCCCAGUGCAUCUUCAGAUGUUGUCCGGCUUUGACCCGCCUGGUGGUUUUUGGCUGCUUUAAGAUUCGUGAUAUCAAGAUCCCCCGGGGUGUUGCGGUGAUUGGGACGGUGGGAGCCAGGUUGACCAUUGAUGGGAUCACGCAGAAAGAGCUGGUAUAG